CAUUGGCCUGGAGUACCGCUUAAUCCCACAAUGCAGCGCAUGGCGCGUCAUUGAAGAGAGACCAUGAUGGCGGCGGUUGGUGCACCAGAAGUGAUUUCACAGCUGGAAAGCGCUGCCAAAGUUUUAAUGGCCCCGCCGUCCAUGGUCAACACGGAGCAGCGGCAGCAUGCAGAGCACAUAUUCCUGUCCUUCAGGAAGUCCAAAUCGCCCUUUGCCGUGUGCAAGCACAUCCUGGAGACCAGUAAGGUGGACUACGUGCUGUUCCAGGCUGCCACGGCCAUCAUGGAAGCGGUGGUGCGGGAGUGGGUCCUGCUGGAGAAGAGCAGCAUCGAGUCCCUGCGCACGUUCCUGCUCACAUACGUCUUACAGAGACCAAAUCUGCAGAAGUACGUUAGGGAGCAGAUUCUCCUGGCAGUGGCAGUCAUAGUGAAGCGGGGCUCCCUGGAUAAGUCAAUAGACUGCAAGAGCAUCUUCCACGAAGUCAGCCAGCUCAUCAGCAGUGGCAACCCCACAGUGCAGACGCUGGCCUGCUCCAUCCUGACGGCCCUGCUGAGUGAGUUCUCCAGCUCCAGUAAGACCAGCAACAUCGGCCUGAGCAUGGAGUUCCACGGGAGCUGCAAGCGGCUCUUCCAGGAGGAGGCCCUGCGGCAGAUCUUCGUGCUCACCAUGGAGGUCCUGCAGGAGUUCAGCCGGCGGGAGAACCUCAGCGCCCAGCUCUCCUCCGUCUUCCAGCGCUACCUGGCCCUCGCCAACCAGGUGCUCAGCUGGAACUUCCUGCCGCCCAAUUUAGGCCGGCACUACAUCGCCAUGUUUGAGUCCACCCACAACGUGUCCCUCAAACCCACCGAGUCCUGGAGGGAGGCCCUGCUGGACACACGCGUCAUGGACCUCUUCUUCACAGUGCACAGGAAGAUCCGGGAGGACUCAGACAUGGCCCAGGAUUCCCUGCAGUGCCUGGCCCAGCUGGCCUCCAUGCAUGGCCCCAUCUUUCCGGACGAGAGCGCGCGCGUGUCCUACCUCGCCCACCUGGUGGAGGGGCUGCUGAGCAUGAUCAACGGGAUUGAGAUGGAGGAUUCGGAGGCCGUGGGAAUAUCGAACAUCAUCAGUAAUCUGAUCACCAACUUCCCCCGGAGCAUCCUGACCGCCCUGCCCGGAGAGCUCUUCUCCUCCUUCAUCACCUGCCUGACCGUGCUCACCUGUUCGUUCGGCCGCAGCGCCGCCCUGGAGGAGGUGCUGGAUAAGGACGACAUGGUGUACAUGGAGGCGUACGACAAGCUGUUGGAGUCGUGGCUGACCCUCCUGCAGGACGACGAGCACUUCCCCAGGGGCUGCUUCGUCCAGCCGGCCGUGCAGGUCUUCAACUCCUACAUCCAGUGCCACCUGGCAGCCCCCGACGGCACCCGCAACCUGACGGCGAAUGGCGUGGCCUCCCAUGAAGAGGAGGAGAUUAACGAACUGCAGGAGGACGAUCGCGAGCUCUUCUCCGACCAGCUGGCCAGCAUCGGCAUGCUGGGACGCGUGGCGGCCAACCACUCCAUCCCGCUGCUCACCAGUUUGCUGGAGGACCGUGUGACCCGGCUGCACGGGCAGCUCCAGAGGCACCAGCAGCAUCUCCUGGCCUCCCCGGGACCCGAGGAUGUGGACCGGAAGGUUCUGGACGACCUCUACGAGGACAUCCACUGGCUCAUUCUCGUUACAGGCUACCUCCUGGCAGAUGACCCCCAGAGCGAGACGCCCCUCAUCCCGUCGGAGGUGAUGGAGUACUCCAUCAACCACUCCACAGAGGUGGACAUCAACACCACGCUCCAGAUCCUGGGGUCGCCGGGUGAGAAGGCCUGCUCUAUCCCAGGAUGCAACAGGACGGACUCUGUCAUCAGGUUGCUCUCGGCGGUGCUGCGGACAUCGGAGGUGGAGUCUCGGGCCACGCGGGCGAGCCUGACCCAGCUGCUGAGCCCUCAGAUGGGGAAGGACAUCGUAUGGUUCCUCAAGCGCUGGGCCAAGACCUACCUGCUGGUGGACGAGAAGCUCUACAGCCAGAUUAGCAUGCCUCUUAGCAUGGCGUUCGGGGCGGACACGGAAGGGGCCCAGUGGAUUGUGGGGUACCUGCUGGAGAAGGUGAUCAACAACCUUUCGGUGUGGAGCUCGGAGCCGGACCUGGCCAAUGACACGGUGGAGCUGCUUGUCACGCUGGUGGAGAGGAGAGAGAGGGCGAACAUCGUGAUCCAAUGUGAGAACUGGUGGAACCUGGCCAAGCAGUUCGCCAGCCGCAGCCCCCCCCUCAACCUGCUGUCCAGCUCUGUGCAGCGCACCCUCAUGAAGGCCCUGGUGCUGGGGGGCUUCGCCCACAUGGACUCAGACACCAAGCAGCAGUACUGGACUGAGGUCCUGCAGCCACUGCAGCAGAGGUUCCUCAACGUCAUCAACCAGGAGAACUUCCAGCAGAUCUGCCAGGAGGAGGAGGUGAAGCGCGAGAUCAUCGCCACGCUGGAGGCCCUCUGCGGCAUCGCCGAGGCCACGCAGAUCGACAACGUGUCCGUGCUCUUCAACUUCCUCAUGGACUUCCUGUCCAACUGCAUCGGCCUGAUGGAGGUGUACCGCAGCACACCCGAGACGGUCAACCUCAUCAUCGAGGUGUUCGUGGAGGUGGCGCACAAACAGAUCUGCUACCUGGGAGAGUCCAAGUCGAUGAAGCUGUACGAGGCGUGCCUCACGCUGCUGCAGGUGUACUCUAAGAACAACCUGGGACGUAAGCGAGUGGACGUGACGGCCGAGGAGGACCAGUACCAGGACCUGCUGCUGAUCAUGGAGCUACUCACCAACCUGCUGUCCAAGGAGUUCAUCGACUUCAGCGACACGGGCAGCGACGACGUGUUUCGGGGCCAGGAGCAGGGCCAGGCGGCAGGCCGAACAGUGUCUGCGGCAGACGUGGUUCUGUACGGGGUCAACAUCGUGCUGCCGCUCAUGUCGCAAGACCUGCUGAAGUUCCCCUCGCUGUGUAACCAGUACUAUAAGCUCAUCACAUUCAUCUGUGAGAUUUUCCCAGAGAAGAUCCCCCAGCUGCCUGAGGAGCUGUUUAAGAGCCUCAUGUUCUCCCUGGAGCUCGGCAUGACCUCGAUGAGCUCGGAGGUGAGUCAGCUGUGUCUGGAGGCCCUGACGCCUCUGGCUGAGCAGUGCGCCAAGUCCCAGGAGACGGACACACCCCUCUUCAUCGCCACCCGCCACUUCCUGAAGCUGGUGUUUGAUAUGCUGGUGCUGCAGAAACACAACACCGAAAUGACCGUAGUAGCAGGCGAAGCUCUCUAUACACUAGUGUGCCUGCAUCAGACGGAGUACUCUGAGCUGGUGGAGGCCUUGCUGUCCAGCCAGCGGGACGCAGUGAUCUACCAGCGGCUGGCCGACGCCUUCAACAAGCUGACGGCCAGCAGCACCCCGCCCAGCAUGGACCGCAAGCAGAAGGUGGCCUUUCUGAAGAGCCUGGAAGAGUUUGUGGCCAACGUGGGGGGGCUGCUGUGUGUUAAAUAACCGCCGGAGCAGCCGCCAACUUCGCCACAGCCCCACCAGCCUGCCAAACCGUGCGGAUGAGAAACGGAAAAAUAGACUGACUUAUUGCACUGUUGGACAAUGAGAGAACACUGAAGCGAAAGAGAGAGACGAUAAACAAGACGUUUCGUGUGCUGGCCGGCGUCUACGCCCUUCUCAGCCCCCCUCCCCCUCCCCACGUGGAGUCACACGUGCCCCCCCGCCCCCCCACCCCCCCAAACCCCCUCAAGAACACGUGUAGCCAGAGGGGGCUCCAGAUAGGGCAUGGCCCAGAAUGCUUCACCUCCGUCUCCUCUGACCUGUGCUUACUCUAUAAGCAGACGGUUUUGGACGAACACGGGGAGCGAAUCACGUGUGGACGUGUCUGACAGGUGGUCAGCCGACCCACCCCCCCCCCCCCACCCCCACUCUUCCCAGAGUGCCUUUGUUUUCUCGUUUGUGUUGUCUUAGUAACACGGAGGCGAGCGUGCGGCCUCCCAAAGCCUGUUUCACCACACGGUUACCAUGGACACGGGGAGGAUACAGGUUGCCAUGACGACAAGCCUUAUCCACAUCCAGACCACUGAAUCAGAAGAAGGGGGGGAAACAAAAAACUAAAACGACAAAAAAAAAAAAAAUACAAAAAAAACACUCUGUGUUCAUUACAAGGGUGUACAUAUAUUUUCAAAAGAGAAGUGUGGGGGAGGGGGGGGAGUAGAUUUUUAUAAGAUAGAGGUCAGGUUUUUUAUUGUUGUGACUUUGCCUGAAAGAAAGGGCAUGCUAUGAUUUUUCAUUUUAGAUUUGUUUUCCACAAAUCUCUACGUUUUUUUUCCGAGGCCUCUCAUCCCUUUCCUGGCGGGACGGGCAGGCAGGGACCGGGGUCAGCCUCACAAAGCUUUUGGGAAAACGGUUCUUCAGACCCAGUGGACUGAGGCUCUGGGGAAACUGUGGCACGAGCAGCCCCAGCCCGGGGAGAGGGAAACACGGGUACCUGGAGCGGAGCUGACACCCUUAUUUUUUUACCACCACACCCCCAAAAUAGAGUGGAUGUGAAGUAGUCCAUAUUGCUCCAGCAAUAACCAACCAAAAAAACAAAGAGGUGAUAAAGAGAGACUGUCUCCUUCACGGUGUGUGGAUGCCACACCACACAUUUUAGCCAUGGCACCUGUAGAAGAACCCCAGUACGGCUACUCAUGUUAAUAGAGUUCGGAAUGCCUAAAUGAAAUGUAUACAUGUAUAUAAACUUAUUAUAUAAACUUUUUGAGUGCUGUUUUUCUGUUAGGUCUUUGCCACUAUGUGCCGUUGUCAGCAGAGUACGCCUCACAACCAGGGUGACACAGCAAUCCUGUUCUGUUUUUUUGUUUGUUUUUUGUUCUUUUUGUUUGUUUUUUCCAUUUAAUUAUAAAAGUAAUUUUAGUUACUUGUAGCAACGAGCAACCAUGUGGAGGUGUAAUUUCCUCCUAACUUUUUUCCAAGAGAAUUUUACCAUUUUAUUUAAAUUGUUAUUUGAAAGGAAAAUUGUUGAGAACUUUGUGGGGACCACGCUUCAAACUAAAGUGCUUUAAACCUGCUCCUGAAUGUCUCUGGAAAUCAAACAUUGAACCCGUAUAACUACCCAGAUUCUCUUUGUCUGAAGUGAACUUCAAGCAAAACCUCAAAUAAAUAAAACGAGAAAAUUGAA